AUGAGCCCUCCAUGCUUCAGUUCCAGAUCCUACAGUGGAAGAGGGAAUUUUGCCGGUGACUCAGCCAUCAGCCGUGGAUACAGGGGCGCAAACAGCUUGUCUUCCAUCUGCUACACCGGAGCCGGCCGGUGUGGUGGCUACAGCAACAUCAGCCACUACAACAUUGGGCGUAGCAGGAGACUUUCUGGAGGAAACCUUGGUGGAUUUGGAGGAAGCUCUGGUGGAUACUGUGCAGGCUUCAGAGAUUACAGCAGCUUGGGUUAUGGCUCGGGGUCCUUGGGUUAUGGUACUGGGCCUGUUGGUUAUGCGCCUGGCAUUGCAAGGCCUGGGGGCUUUAGCAGUCAUAGUGUAGGUGCCUACACUCAUGCUGAAAGAGUCAGCACUCAUAACGUUGGAACCUAUAGCCCUGAAUAUAGUGGUGCUUAUAGAUGCAGUGGCUUCAGCAGCCGGAGUCUUGGUGGUGGUAGUGGUGGUGGUAGACCCUAUAGGAUAGCUGGCUUUGGCACUCGCAGUCUGGGGGGUGGUGUAUGUGGCAGCCUAGGCAUUCUUGGUGGCGGUCUCGUUUGUGGUUUGGGCUAUGAACCCCAUGGCCCUGUAGGAGAUGGCAGAGGAAUCCACACAGUCAGAGUCAAUGCCAACCUCUUGCGUCCCCUCUGUAUCACUGUUGACCCUGAAAUCUCUCGCGUGAAAGAGGAAGAGCGUGCACAAAUGAAAACCCUCAAUGACCAGUUUGCCUGCUUCAUUGACAAGGUGAGGCACUUGGAGCAAAAGAACAAGCUGUUGGAAACAAAAUGGAGCUGUCUGCAGCAACAGGCACCUGUUGAGAGGAAAAGCCUUGAGCACCUAUUUGAAAACUAUAUUGCAACCCUGAAGCGGCAGCUGGGCCUGUUGCUGAACGAAAGAGAACAGCUACAACGGGAACAGGCUAAAUUCCACGAGGUAGUUGAAGACUACAAAUGCAGGUACGAAGGAGAAAUCAAUCGUCGUGUGGCUGCUGAAAAUGAAUUUGUGUUGCUGAAGAAGGAUGUCGAUUGCGCCUAUUCUGGCAAGAUUGAGCUUGAAGUGAAAGUGGAAGCUCUAAGACAGGAGUUAGAAUUCCUCAGAUGUGUCCAUGAAGCAGAACUGGAAAGCUUGCAGACAACAACUGCUGACACCAAUGUGGUUGUGUCUAUGGAUAACAGUCGAGAGCUGGACAUGGAGGGAAUCAUUCACUCUGUGAGGUGUCAGUAUGAAGAAAUUGCCCAGAGGAGCAAGGAUGAGGUCAAUGCUCUGUAUGAAAACAAGUACAAAGAGCUGCAGAGCACCUGGGGACAUCACUGCAACAACCUGAGCACCAGUCGUCAUGAAAUCCAAGACUUGACCCGCCUUAUCCAGAGACUCAAGACUGAGAUGGAAAAUGCUAAAAAGCAGAUUGAAGUGUUGCAGACUGCCAUUACGGAUAAUGAAGAUCGUGGGGAGUGUGCCCUGAAAGAUGCCAAGGCAAAGCUGGCUGAGGUGGAGAAUGCCCUGCAGUCCACCAAGGAUGAACUGGCGCGGCUGUUAAGGGAUUACCAGGAAUUGCUGAACAUGAAGCUGGCCUUGGAUAUUGAGAUAGCAAUGUACAAGUCACUUCUGGAAGGAGAAGAGAGCAGGAUUUGUAACUCUACUCCUAUUAAUAUAUCUGUGACCGGUUGUCCCAAUAUCGCUGUAUCUGGUGGACAUCUGCAUAGUGGAGCUGGACUUGGAAGGAGACGUACCUACAGCCCCGGUGCAGGAGGCCAUGGCUAUAGAAGAAGACACAUGAGCAGCAGUGGAGGAUUCAGCUGUAGGAGUGGACAGCCAAGCUACAAACUGGGAUUUAGCUCAAGGAGUGGGGGGAACCUUACAAGGCACUCAGGGAGCUCUGGAUUUGGGCAUCACACUCCCUCUACAGUAGAUCUCUGCACAGUGAGGGAUUGUGGUUCGGUGAAUGUAGGGGCUACUGGAGGUCCAGUGCAAAUGCACAUCGAUGAAAUUGUCACCAAAAAUUAUUGGCUCACGGGAUCAGCUGCAGAAAGGAAGUAA